ACUGUACAACACAAGCAUUCAGCCCCGUCUUCUCCCCGUCCGGGACCGGGAGUCGCUCUCCUCCUCCUCCUCCUCGUCGGCGGCGGCGGCUGGGUGUGGUGUGGUGCGCUAGAUCGGCCUCGGCGUCCCAGAGAGAUGGGGUUCAUCGGCGACACGAUAGAGUCGGUCCGCUCGAUGCAGGUCCGUCAGGUGCUGGCGCAGAUCAUCAGCCUAGGUAUGAUUGUUACCUCUGCAUUGAUCAUAUGGAAGGGGUUAAUAGUUGUAACAGGUAGUGAAUCUCCAGUGGUGGUGGUUCUUUCUGGUAGCAUGGAACCAGGAUUUAAAAGGGGUGAUAUCCUGUUCUUGCACAUGAGCAAAGAGCCUAUCCGCACUGGAGAAAUAGUUGUUUUUAAUGUUGAUGGCCGUGAAAUUCCAAUUGUUCACCGUGUGAUCAAGGUUCAUGAACGCCAAGAGAGUGCAGAAGUUGAUAUCCUCACGAAAGGUGACAACAAUUUUGGGGAUGACCGACUUCUGUAUGCACAUGGACAACUUUGGCUUCAGCAACAUCACAUUAUGGGACGAGCUGUAGGUUUUCUGCCAUAUGUUGGAUGGGUGACAAUUAUCAUGACCGAGAAGCCAAUUAUUAAGUACCUUUUGAUCGGUGCGCUGGGCCUUCUUGUCAUAACAUCAAAGGAGUAAGGGUGUGGUCUUACGGCGCACUCAGUAGAGUAGUGGCCUGUAUGGUCACAUGGGAGAAGCUGAAGUAUUUGUUGCACCAUGUUUCCAACAGAAGAUGCUAGCGAUAUACUUUUUGGGUAACUACCUGUCAAAUGACUUUGUAUUUUCCAGCGGUUUAUAGUAGUUAGCUGACGUUGGAUGAAAGUUUUUGGGGAUAUUUGGAUGCUGACUUGGGUACAAUAAGAUCAAACUCAUAACGCAAUCCUUUCAGGCAACUAGAAUCCAACUGGGUUAAACCCUUCUCGAUGGAGUUGUUGAGUUCUUGGUUUCCACCGGCUGUUUAGCUUCAGUUCUUUUCAUUACUUUGGUGUAACCAAACAGCAAACUGAUCUCACAAUGCAGCAGGUACAUAUGCUUUGUAGUGUGAGAUUGAGGCAGUCUGAUUUGGCUGAAGCAUAACUUGAAUCAUAUCAUCU